GUCGGUCGUGAAUUGAUUUAAUUAAAUAUAAAUCGCCAGAUGGUCCGUGCGUCACUAGUACUACGACCCCUAAAUUCCUUCCCCCCCUGCCCCCACUGAACAGGAGGGACAGAAAAGAAAGGGACAGGGUCCAGAAUUACUCGGGUAUCGUUAUCGAAACUUUGAAUUGGAACCUUAGUUGGAACCUUAGCGGCCCGCCGAUUUUAUCAGGCUGAUUUAUCAAUCCGUCCCGCCUUAUUUGCCCCUCUCCCUUUUCUAGUAGAACAAAUACAAACAUUAAGAUUCGAUACUUAUAUCCAUUACACAAGGACAGCGUAGUCAGUCAUUCAGCCUAGCCAAUUAGUCUAGUCACAAUGUCUACUACCACAACGGUAACACAAACCAUCCCGACGGCGGAAACUCUCCUUCGCCUGUUUCCCGACAUCGACACCAGUUCCGCCGAACUCGAAGGUCACGAUGCCGAGCAAAUUCGUCUUAUGGACGAGGUCUGUAUCGUUCUAGAUAACGAUGACAACCCAAUUGGAACCGCGAGCAAAAAGCUCUGCCAUCUGAUGACCAACAUCGACAAGGGGUUACUACACCGAGCUUUUUCCUGCUUCCUAUUUGACGACCAAAACCGAUUGCUUCUUCAGCAGCGCGCCACUGAGAAGAUUACCUUCCCCGAUAUGUGGACAAACACAUGCUGCUCGCACCCCUUGGGUAUCCCGACCGAGACCGGUUCCAACUUGCCCGACUCGAUCGCAGGUGUCAAGAACGCGGCGCAGCGAAAACUUGACCACGAACUAGGCAUUAAGAAGGAACAAGUUCCAAUUGAAGACUUCCACUUCUUAACGCGAAUUCAUUACAAGGCGCCUAGCGAUGGUAAAUGGGGCGAGCAUGAGAUUGACUAUAUUCUAUUCAUCAAAGCGAAUGUCGACCUAAAUGUCAAUCCUAACGAAGUACGCGACACGAAAUACGUUACCGCUGACGAGCUCAAAGCUCUCUUUAAAGACCCGACACUAAAAUUCACACCGUGGUUUAAGCUCAUUUGCGAAUCGAUGCUCUUUGAAUGGUGGGAGAAUCUAGACUCUGGCCUUGAGAAGUACAGCAACGAACAAGGGAUUAGACGUAUGUAAAUUUGGGACUAAAUAUAUUAGAGGAGGGGAAAGGUAUCUUUUCUUUCUUAUUAUUUGAAGAGAAAAUGCAAAAAGAGGGGAUAAAAACAGUAUACCUACCACUUAUACCAUUGGCGGCUUGCACUGCAUAUUUCGAGAGACAUACAUAUUCCUUACGCCUUCACAAGGUAGACGAUCAUCACAGCGCUAGUUUGCUUCGUUUCAACAAUGCAAGCUCACGAAUUACUACAUCCAAUCAUUGCCAACCAAUACGUACUUAGCCUGCCUAUCCAUAUACCCGGACCACAAGCAAUCCGACCGGUCCGGAUCUGAACAGAUAAGAAUUAAAAUG